AUGGCAGAGCUCAACCAGACAGUGACUCAUUUUGUGUUCUUGGGACUUACUGAUAACCGGAAUCUGGAACUAGUUUUAUUUGUCAUUUUCUUCUUCAUCUACCUGCUUACCCUAGUAGGGAACCUCUUGAUUGUGGUUACUGUGGCUUGCAACCAGUGCCUCCACACGCCAAUGUACUUCCUUUUGGGAAAUCUGUCUUUCCUUGACAUCUGCCAUUCCUCUGUCACUGCACCCAAGAUGCUGCUUGACUCUGUUUUCAGCCAGAAGAUCAUCUCCUUUGCAGGAUGUUUGGCACAACUCUUCUUCCUCCACAUCUGUGCUUCUGCUGAGAUCUUCCUCCUGACUAUCAUGGCCUAUGACCGCUGUGUUGCCAUCUGCUAUCCAUUACAGUAUGCGAAUCUUGUGAAUCUGAAGAUCUGUGCAUACUUAGUGGGUGCUCUGUGGAUGGGGGGCAUCAUUCACUCCCUGGUCCAGACUGUCCUCACCAUUAGCCUUCCUUUCUGUGGCCCAAAUGUCAUAGACAGUUUUUUCUGUGAUAUUCCCCCAGUCAUGAAGUUGGCUUGCACUGAUACGUACUUCACUGGAGUUCUCAUAGUAUCGAACAGUGGUGUGAUCUCCUUGGUUUGCUUCUUGGCCUUAGUGUCGUCCUAUGCCAUCAUCCUUCUCUCACUGAGAAAGCAGACAGCCGAAGGCCGCCGUAAAGCCUUCUCUACAUGUGCUGCCCACCUACUUGUUGUGGUCUUGUUCUUGGGGCCUUGUAUUUUUAUCUACACCCGCCCAACCUCCAGCUUUUCAACAGAGAAAAUGGCAGCUGUCUUUUACACCAUGGUAACCCCUUUCCUCAACCCUGUGAUCUACACCCUGAGGAACAAAGAGGUAAAGAACUCCAUGCAGAAACUCUGGUUCUGGAGGAAGAUCUUCUUCACAAGGAAACGAAUUAGUCAGCUUGCUUUGGUGGAAAACAGCUCAGUAAAAAAGGAGAAGACAAUUCAGUGCAAUGAAUGA